AUGGGAGUCGAAAAAUCAGAUGGAGAAGGAGAGAUCGAUAGACAAGUCCUUUCCGACUCAGAAUCGCCAUAUCGAGAGCAAAUUGAAAAUGACAAAUACCCAGAAGGUGGUGUCAAGGCGUGGUCCGUUGUCUUGGGCGCAUGGUGUGCUAUGAUUCCUUCCAUGGGAUUACUGAAUAGUCUCGGGAUCCUCCACGCUUGGACGAGCACUCAUCAGCUCAAAGAAUAUUCAGAAUUUCGCAUCGGAUGGAUAUUCGGCGCCUAUGGUUUCUUCCUUUAUCUUGGGGGCGCCCAAGCAGGUCCGAUCUUCGACGCAUAUGGUCCAAAUUGGGUGAUAGUGCCUGGCUCAAUUGGAAUUGUGGUAGCGCUUAUAUGCUUCAGCUUCAGCACUGAAUAUUAUCAGAUAUUUCUCUCCUUCAGUGUACUCGGAGGGCUAUCGGCCUGUACACUCUUCACCCCUGUGGUGUCGGCAGUUGGGCAUUGGUUUAAUAUUCGUCGUGGCUUUGCCACGGGUAUUGCAUGUACUGCUGGCGGCAUUGGAGGAGUCAUAUUCCCACUUAUCAUUUUGUUCACUGCCCCGAAGAUCGGAUUCCCCUGGGCAAUUCGAAUCAUGGCACUUUUAUCUGCAAUAUUGUGUCUAAUUGCUUGUCUUCUGUUGAAAACAAGGUUACCCAGGAAUAUGAAGGCCGGUGCCUCAAUCGACUUUGGCGCGUUGAAAGAUGCCAACUACGCAGCCACAACUCUGGCAGUCUUCCUCGUGGAGUUUGCAGUCUUCAUUCCGAUAACUUACAUUGCCUCAUAUGCACUACGUAUUGGAGUCCAUGAACAAACGAGCUACUUAUUGAUUGUGUUCCUGAAUGUUGGCGCCAUCCCAGGACGCUUUCUCCCUGGUUUACUAGCAGACCGACUGGGAAGAUUCAAUGUCAUGAUACUGACAGCACUGGCUUGUGGCAUAUUGAUUCUGUCUUUAUGGUUUUGUGCUGGUGAUAAUUUGCAUGCCAUAAUAGCCUUUUCUGUCCUGUUUGGAUUUUGGAGUGGAGCAGCAAUAAGCUUGACCCCGGUGUGUAUUUCUCAAGUGUGCGCGACCGAAGAUUAUGGUAAACGCAAUGGAACCACUUUCACAGUCGCGAGUGUUGGUACCCUUGCGGGGAUUCCUAUUGCGGGGGCAAUCCAAUCCGGUAAUGGGGGAGAAUAUGGAGGGUUGAUUAUUUUGGGUGGAACUCUGUACCUUGCAGCAGCCUUCGCAUUUGUCCUGGCGCGCGUGGUUUGCCGAGGAUGGUCGUUGAGAACUAAAUUCUAA